UUCUUCUCCUCUCUCUCUCUCUCUCUCUCUUCUGCGCUGCGAGGGAGCUCGAAUAGUUCGUCGCGUUUCGGAGAGAGAAAAUGCGGUUUCGAGCCUGAGCUUUUUUCCCGUCUUCUGCUGAACUUCUUCUUCUUCUUCUUCUUCUUUUUCUCCGUCCGGCGAUAUAAUCUGAGAGCUUCGAGAGUCUCUGUAAAUUCCGGGCGUUCGAAUUCCGCCGUUCCGUUUUUGUUCCCCGGAAAUCCUUCGUUUCUGGAUUUGGCAAACGAGAAGAAGGCGGGACUCCCGGCGGCGCGGUAGAAGCUGAUUGCAUACUAUCAUUGCCAAGAGAGGAAUCAUCUGAAUCUUUUACUUGGUGCUUCAUAAUGAGGAACAAUGAAGAGACAAAGUCAUCCAAAUCUGAUAAAUCGUCUUCACCAAUAACUCCGGAUCAGACGGGUAUUCAUGUGUAUCCUGAUUGGGCAGCUAUGCAUGCAUACUAUGGUCCAAGAGUUGCUCUUCCACCUUAUUAUAAUUCUGCUGUCUCAUCUGGUCAUGGUCCUCAUCCCUACAUGUGGGGGCCACCACAGCCUAUGAUGCCACCAUAUGGGGCACCUUAUGCUGCAAUAUACUCACAUGGAGGUGUUUAUGGACAUCCUGCAAUUCCUCUUACACCAACUCCCUUGGCUGCGGAAACUCCUAAAAAAUCAUCUGCUAAUUCUGAUAAUGGACUGGUGAAGAAGUUCAAAAGUUUUGAAGGGCUUGCAAUGUCAAUAGGCAGUGGGGAUGCGGACAGUGCUGACGAUGGGACUGAUAAGAGGUCAUCACAGAGUGAAGACACGGGAGGCUCAAGUGAUGGGGAUCAAUCAGGGGCAGAUAAAGCUACGAGGAAAAGAAGUCGCGAAGGAACUUCAUCCGUUGGUGAUGGAAAAUCUGAAGUUCAAGCCAAGGUUGCUGGGGAGGUGGAUGCUGCUUCUGAGAAUGUGUCAGGUGGAGCCAUUGAUUGUCCCAGUGCCACAGGAAAAUUGGUUGCAUCUGUAAACUCGCCCAGCAUGUCUGCAUCAUUAGAGCUCAAGAAUUCUUCCAUGGAUGCAAAUGCCAACCCUGUUAGCAUUUUGCAACCUGGUGCAGUAAUGCCACCUGAAGCCUGGUUACAUAGUGAAAGAGAACUGAAAAGGGAGAGGAGGAAACAGUCAAACCGUGAAUCUGCUAGAAGAUCAAGACUGAGAAAGCAGGCUGAGACUGAAGAACUUGCCAAAAAAGUGGAUUCUCUGACUGUGGAGAAUAUGGCUCUUAAAUCUGAAAUUAGUCGACUGACCGGGAACUCAGAUAAACUGAGGCUAGAAAAUGCCACAUUGAUGGAAAGACUGGAAAAUGCGCAGGGAAGGGAAAAGGAGGUUGAAUCACUAGGUAAAUUCAACGACGACGGGCUUCUCUCGGACAAAACAGAGAACUUACUUUCAAGGGUGAACAACUCCGGAGCCAUUGAUCGAAGAAGUGAAGAUGAGGGAGAAGUUUAUGAAAGGAAGUCGAAUUCCGGUGCCAAGCUUCACCAGCUCUUGGAUUCAAAACCCAGAACCGAUGCGGUGGCCGCUGGCUAAUGGCUCUUUCUAAUUUCUGUUAAAUAGUUUGCCUUACUUAUUGAGCUUCGGAAAAUUUCGAAAUCAAUGUCACAGCUAACAGGAGAAGGAUGGGAUAGCUGGGUAGAGCUAAGCGCAUCCAAGAAUAUGAGGACUCUAAUUUUUAUUGUAGUAUAGUUCUCUCAUGGCAGAACUGAUGGCUUUUUUUUAUCAUGUUCGGAAUGCCGUGAUGGUCCCAGAGGCUAUGUACAUUUGACACAGGAUUUGGUUCGUAAUUGGGUGUUUUUACGGUUAACUGUGGACUAAUGUCAUGUAAUUAGUGCGUACAA